AGUAGUGUGGUAAUUCAGUACAGAUAGUGUGGUACCAGUCUCGUGACAGGAACAGGUGCGAACUGUCCCAGACCGCAUUUUACAGUGAAACACUAUAGUGUCCACAACAAACUCUGCCAUGAAGGUCCUAGCUUUGGUGACACUGCUAGCUGUCGUCCUGCUAGCGGACGCCCAGACAGAACAGGUAUGUCAUGAUCAGUCGGACUGUGGAGAAUGGGAGUGUUGUGUAGCUGACGCAGACAGACGGACAGCCAACCAUAAACGUUUCAUUUUCUCCCAUACUUCCGGGUUUUGUCGUCCAAAGCGUUACCAGGGACUCACGUGUCACGUGUUCCUACAGCAGUUUAAUGGUAUCUACAACGAUUAUUGCCCUUGUGAUGAAGGACUUGUCUGUGAGGGUACCACCAUUCUCCCUAACGGGCACCACACCAAUCCUAAAUGUAUCCCCACGAACGAGGCUCACUCAACACCAGCACCUUGAGGGCCUUGAUGAUCGGGUCGUGGUUCCCUCAUACUAAGUCAUACGAUAACAUAUCAAUAAAUUUGUCUACAACAAUUUA